UCAUGGGUACUCUAUUUAUUACACGUGCAUUCAAGGAUGGUCGAGAUAAACAAUAUCCAAAACUUGUGGGGAUUGGGAAGGAUAUUGUCAAAAAAUGCAAAGGCCUUCCUCUGGCGGUAAAAACUUUGGGUGGCUUGCUUUAUUUAAAGGCAGAGGAAAAAGAUUGGUUGAGAGUGCGAGAUAGCGAAAUUUGGAAACUAGAGCAAAAGAAAGAUGAUGUUUUGCCCGCAUUGAAACUAAGCUACGAUGAAUUGCCAUUUUAUUUAAAACAAUGUUUUGCAUCUUGCUCACUUUUUCCAAAAGAUUUUGAAUUCGAGAACUUUGAAUUGAUUGAAAUGUGGAUGGGGCAAGGCUUGAUUCAACCAUCAGAACAAAACGAAGAGAUGGAAGAUAUUGGCAAUCGAUACAUUGAUGAGUUAUUACAAAAAUCAUUCUUUCAAGAUGUUGAGGAAGGUCUUGGGGGAUUCGUGUAUUGUUUCAAAAUGCAUGAUCUUGUACAUGAUCUUGCUUUAUUGGUGGCACAGCCUGAGUGUAGCAUGUUAAAUUUUGAUAGUGAAAACAUUUCUACAAAAGUUCGGCAUGUUUCAAUUUUGAAAACUGAUGAAACAAAGGAAGAAGCGACAAUUUCAAGAUUCUUUGGGAAACUGAACAAUGUAAGAACCAUUUUAUUCCGAGAUCAUGAUGUUGAGCCAAAAUAUGAAUCAUUUGUCAUUACUUGCCUCUUAAGAUUUAAAUACAUGCGAGUGCUGGAUGUACAAAAUUCGAGUUUCCAGGAACUACCAAAUUCCAUUUGUAAUCUCAAGCACCUCAGAUAUUUGGACCUAGCCAACAAUCAAAGCAUCAAGAGACUCCCAAAUUCUAUUUGUAAAUUGUACCACUUGCAAGUAUUGCAUCUAAAUGGAUGUGAUUCACUUGAAGAAUUGCCCAGAGAUAUUGGGAAGAUGAUGAGUUUAAGGCAUUUAAGUGUAACAACAAAACAAAUGGAUUUUCCCCACAAAGAAAGAGAGGUAGGGAGGAGAUGCUUCGACUCUCUUCGGAUUUUGGGCAUUGGGGAAUGUCCUUAUUUGGAAUCUCUUAUGGAAGGGAUGCGAAGUUUCACUACUCUUAGAACAUUGAUUAUUGUGGAAUGUCCACGUCUAUCGUCUUUGCCGAAACACCUACCUGCAUUAGAGAACCUGGUAAUUGUGGAUUGUGAAAUCCUUGAUUUGGGGAAUAGGAAUGGGGAAGGGGAAGAAAACAUUCAAGGAUUUGGAAGCCUACGAAAUUUGGAGAUUUCUGAGUUACCAAAGCAGGAGAUUUUGCCCAGGUGGCUAUUUCAAGUACCUACUUCUAACACUCUGCUUUACUUGUCCAUCGACGAUUGUAAAAACUUUAGAGGAUUGUCGGAGGAGGAAGAGUCACUAAGUCUCACGCAAUUCUCAAUUCAGCCAGAGGGAAUGGGUCACCUCACUGCCCUAAGACAACUGAAGAUUACAGAUUGCCCUCAACUAUCAUCUUUGCCAGAAAAGAUUCGCCACUUUCCAGCCUUAACACACUUGACGAUUGAAGGUUGUCCUGAAUUGGUUGAAAGAUGCGAACCAGGAACAGGUGAAGACUGGAACAAGAUUGCUCAUGUAAAAGAUAUAUAUCUUGAUGGCGAAAAGAUUGAAUCAACAAUCCAUAAUCAAGUGAGGGCAAGCGGUCUGGAUGAAGCAGGGGCUGGAACAAGCGGGGAGAUGGAGGAUUAAAGCUUUAUCCAACUCUACAAAUCACAAUCUGGAAGGAUGGAAGCACUACUAAAUAACUUGGUAGCACAACCAGUCUGAAAAGGCCUCAGAUAGUGUUCCCUGGUGUGGCACUGUAGCUUCACUUCAUUUCUCUAUUUGGUUGGAAAUUGGAAUGCGUGCUUGCUUGCUUGUUGGAUUGUGGAGCUCCUUUUAUUCAGUAUUCUAGGGUAGUUGUGGCUAUUUGUUCCUGAACUCUUCACUGUCCAUUUGUUUCUUUAAUUUCAUUUCUCAUAGAUUGGUUUGUGUUCAUCAAUACUUCAAAGCAUGUAUAAUUAAGAUGCGCAAGUGUCAAAGAUUUGGUUGUGUUUAUUUUAUGAAGUUCAGUUGUUUUUCCUA